AUGCGUCUGUGAAUGAAUAGCGGAAGUGUGCAGUAGUGGCAGCAGUAGCAGCAUGGCGUACACGGCGAAAAUCGGACCAUCUAUUUUGAGUAGCGAUCUGUCGCAGCUCGGGAGGGAAUGUGAGCGAAUGAUGGAGUGCGGUGCUGAUUAUCUGCACCUUGACGUUAUGGAUGGGCAUUUUGUUCCAAACAUCACAUUUGGGCAUCCUAUGGUGGAAUGUUUACGACGCUGUAUCGGACCUGAUCCAUUUUUUGACAUGCAUAUGAUGGUGUCUAGGCCAGAGCAAUGGGUUAAACCCAUGUCAGCAGCAGGAGCCAAUCAGUAUACUUUCCAUCUAGAAGCCACAACCAACCCUGGCAACCUCAUCAAGGAAAUCAGAGAGAGCGGCAUGAAGGUUGGUCUUGCCAUCAAACCGGGAACAACUGUUGAGGAAUUGGCACCAUGGGCAGGACAAAUUGAUAUGGCUCUCGUCAUGACAGUAGAGCCCGGCUUUGGUGGUCAGAAAUUUAUGGAAGAUAUGAUGCCAAAGGUGAGUUGGCUCAGGAGUCAGUUCCCUUCUCUGGACAUUGAAGUGGAUGGAGGAGUCGGCCCAGACAGCAUCCACAGAUGUGCUGAGGCUGGAGCAAACAUGAUUGUGUCGGGAAGUGCCGUGGUGAGCAGUGAUGACCCUCGUUCUGUAAUCGCUCUCCUCAAAAAUGUUGUUAUUGAGGCGAUCCAGAAACGUUCUUUGGACCGCUGAGCAUCUUGACUUUUUACCUCAAGUCUGAUUUCAUCCACCACUGAUAGUCAUUCCUGCAGAUUCUGAGAGUCCUUUUUAAUGUACAAAUGUGUUAUUGAAUGCUCGGUGCUUGUGAACGGAUGUGCCGAGGGUGUGUUUGCACAUCUACAGAACACAAGAACUGCCUUUGCAAAGACUUUUGUUUGGAUUCAGCAGGAGUUUUCAGAUGCAUAUGGCCUUUAAGAACUGUGAUCAGACAGAAUCUGUUCUCUCCCCAGUGACAUCAGUUUGAUGAUUCCCCUCAUAAUUUUGACCUCAUUUAGUUUGAUUUCUCACCUAUUGUUUGUCAUAGUACCAGUCACAGUGGUUGAGUCAACAAAUUGAUAAAUCAUUGAAAAAGCUGCUCAUAACUACUUGAACAGUUAUUUGUCAGUUGUUCAGGUUUGUUGGUUAUCAAGUAAAGAAUGACCUUUAAGCUUUACAUACUGUAAUACAUUUUCUGCAGAUUGAGUUUAAAUCGAUUUUGACUUUAUUGAACAUUCCAUCAACCAAUCUUUCUAAUACCCUGAUAUGAUAAAAGUGUAAACCAGAA